GUGAUAAGAACUAUACAGAACUUCCUCUAGUAUCUUUAACACCGGCUACAUUAUUGAAACACAGUAGUUCUGCAGAAGUUAUUUGUGUUAUAGCAAAGAUGCUUCCAUUUGAAUAUUCUCUGAUGCUGGUAAUUUCUACGCACGGGCCUUGCAGUGUAGAAACCUUUAAUGCAAUAUUAGCAAUUGAUGUGUUGAAGAAAACCGUACUUGGUACAAAAUGA